CAGAAAAAUUAUUACCGUGAUCUGCAGUAUUCGUGGGAGAGGGAGCUUUCGCGGAGCGGGAUUCAGAAACAGAAACGACAGAAAGCGUGCAGAAGCCGACCUGCGCUCUCAAAGCAGUGUUGGGUCGAUAGCAGCAGGGUCACUGCCAGACCCGACAAGUCAGGCUGGUGCUGGUCGACGGACAUCGACUACCUCCUCACGCAUCUGAACAACGCUAAGUACCUCAGAGAACUAGACUUUGCUAGGGCUGAUUUUUACCAAAGAACGAGGCUUUAUCAGAAAAUAAGGUCCAAAGGAGGAGGACUGGUGCAAGGAGCCACGACGAUACGAUAUAGGAAAUUUAUCAAAGUCUUCACUAUGUUCAAGAUCACCUCAAAGAUAGUUUUCUGGGAUAAGGCAAACAUAUAUAUGGAGCACAGGUUUCUAGCACCUGGGGAUAAUUUUAUUUGUGCCAUUGCGAUAUGCAAGCAGCGUAUUAUAAAUGUAGACAUUGAGGAGCUGAUGCGGAAUAUACUAAUGGGGGAGAAGUCUCCGGCUGGAAUCGAGGCAGGUUACAGCAAGCCUCAAAUGCAACUCUCCCUUAAGAAAUGGGUCGAAAGCAAUGAAAUCUCAAGUGCAGACCUUCGCAACAGUUGCUGACACUCGAUACGUCCCAGUGGAGUCGAUGAAGAGACUGGGACCACUGUCGAGUAUGAAUAGUAUGCAUUUGAGAAUUCCAUCAACUAUUUCCAACUGUUCGAAAUGUGCGACAAUGAUUAAUUGAUGGAUUAAGAAAUUCAAAGCAUUAGCGUGACUAUUGCUCGAAUAAUCGUAACAAAAUCAAACUCAUAUGAUUGUGAUAACGGUCUGUCGAGAAAAUAGUUUACCAUUGAUAUUGAAAUUUUAGUUCACCAUAAUAGAAAGAGGACUUGGAAAUUAUGUUAAUGCUAAAAUGAAGUCUAGUCCUAAAUAUUUGUUUCCAUCAGAAAUUAUUUGAGAAUGCCUAUACAUUUUUUUAUUGUUAUUGUGUAUAUUUUAAUGAUUACUCAGAAGAAUUAUCUUUCUAAGAUGAAUAUAAAUAUGCAAAUAGUCAAUAUUAGACUGAUGUUUUACUAUUAGUUAUAAACUAAUAAUAAAAAAGCGAGGAUGAAAAAGAAAAGAAACAUAUUCAAUAAAGACUGAGAUGUUUCUUUUGUUUUUGGAAAAAGGUUUUAGGGUUUAUGAAAGGAGCCUUACUUAGUUUAAGAAAACUCUAACAAGAGUACUUUAUUUGUCACCUUGUAGUACUUAUGUAAUUUUACAAAGUACUUAAACCUAUUUAUAUAUAUCUAAUUUGUACAUAUAGGAUAAAUCUAGUUAUUUUUUUAAGCAUUUUGCAAAAACGUGCGUUUAGCUGUGGUAAUUGUUAUUAAUUGAAUCGUUUCCAUCUUCCAAACAAAAUGCCCUUGAAUUGUUAAAUUUCUGUUACUCAUACAAAUGUUACCAGGGCUAAAAUAAUAUACUCUUAGCUUAUGAAAAUCAAACUCUCAAGUGCUCUUCAAAUAUAGGCUAUAGAAGCCACCCAAAUUUCUUCCUUUUGUUUUUAAAGAACCUUAGUAUCAGUUGCAUUAGAAGAAAAGCAGCAGGUUUUUUAUUUUACUUUUUUAUUUAGGACCAGUUGGUUAAACUAAAGUGUAGAUAGUUAAAUUAAUCUCAAAAGGCCUAGUACUUUUAGCUUUAUGUUGUAAAUACCAAGGUAUUUUUGACUUGAAUUUUUUUAAUUUUAAUUUAUUUUUUGUCAUUGAACA